AAGCGCAGAAUAAAGUCCUAAGGCAUUUCGGUCCCCAUCAGCAUCUUGGCCGUGGCACGCCUUUGCGGCAGCCGCGGACGCUCUAGAGGGACACGCCGCCUCGGUUCGCCGCCCUUAGGAGCAGGCAAACACCGGCGUGUCCUGGGGGCUCUGCGGAAGGCAUGGCAGCUCCCGGAGCGCAGGGAACCGCUCAUCCCGGCGUGCCCCGGCGCCGCACGCCGCGGAAGAGAGCAGCAUGCCGGGAGCCGUAGUCUGCCCUCGCCUCCGGCCCGGCGCCGCUCGCCGCCCGCAAGCCCGUGCCUCUGAACCCUCCGGCCGCCUCUCCUCCUGCCCUCGGAUGGAGGGCUCUGAGGAACUGGAAAAUAGCCUCCUGACUCAGCCCUGGGCUUCUGUUCGCUUUGGCGAGUCCGCUUUUCUUGCCAAAGUGUGCUUCAGGGAUACUGGCUAUAUUCUGCUGAUCUCUGACCUCAGCAGUGUGUGGUACGAGAGUGCAGACGCCGAGGCUGUGGGACAAAGGUCCAAGGAGCUGAACAGACGGCUGACGGUUCACGUGUCCUCCUUCCUGAACCACUUGUGCAACCUGAUGUGCCCCUUGCUGGCAGGGCAGCCGGGUGCCACCACCGCCUUCUCCUGCCACCACUCUGCCAGUGGCCUCAGGCUGCACGUGAAAAGCGAGCUGUCAGGACUGCCCUUCUACUGGGACUUCCACUGCUGCCCUGCUCCCUUGGAGAUGGUGUUCCGUCACCUCGUGCGGCCCCUGAUUCAGAUGAACCUGGCGCUGCAGUGGCAGGUGGAGGAGCUGAUUUCCCUGCUGCUCCAGAAGGAUGCUGAGAUUGAAGAUUACAGGGAGAGCGGGGCCACUCUCAGCAGAGACCGCCUGCGGACAAAGCCCUUCCGGGAGGAGACGUUUCAGCAGAACUUCAUGGCUGAGACCUUGCCCCGGAUCUGCAGUGCAGGAGAAGGGCAGGCGUUUGCCUCUGCUCUGCAGCAGCUCUACACUGCAGUGACACAGCAGGAGGCCAGGCAGGCUCGAAAACGGCAUUGCUCUGAGGACGACGUGAAUACGGCACCCACUGCAGAAGCCACAGAGCACCCCCAUCCACCUGCUCCAUCCCAGGAGGAUGAAACAACAUCUCCCAGCAAGAGAACCUUGCCUCCUCCCCAUCUCAGAAGCCCCGGCUGCCUGCAGCCAAGGCCAAGCCAAAGAAGGCAAAAGGGCUCUUCAGCUGAGAGAUUGCUGACGACUGCUGAGGUCUCUGCUUCCCCCAGCAUCCAAGAGAGGGAGUGCAGAGCACCCGCAUUGUCUGCCUCUUCCAUGCAUCAUCUGCCUCUUCUCUGCAUCUCCUGGUGGACCCUGCCCAGAUCAUGGUCCCCUCCCAAGAUGUCUCCAGUUGGGGAGAUAGAGCUCCUUUCUUCAACAGUGUUUCAGGAAACAGCUUUUCUAACUCUUCCCUGGUCCAGAGUUUGCCGAGGCUUCCUCUUGUGGCAGAGCCAGUGCUGGACCAGAGAGAAGUGGGAGGGAUCCUGCCAGUGGGUGUGGGACAGCUGGGGCUCCGGCAGAGCUGUGGGGUUUGGUUUCAAUAAAGGGCUGUGUCUGGGUGAGAUUCCCCCUCCUGCUCUGUCCCACCAGGCCUGUGGUGUCUAGGAAAGGAUGUAACCUCUGGUGCUGCUGGGUUCCCCUCAGGCCAGUCCUGCUGUCCCAGGGGCUUGCAGUGACUCUGAACAGUGAGGUGACAGCAGCUCAUUGCAGUGGCACAGCACACAGCUCCCAGCCGUGCUGUGCCUUCCCCUGAGCAGCAGUAUGUGUUUUGGGGUAUGCCCAAGGAUGGCACAAGAGGAUGCCCAGAUCAGGGGGCACAGUAUGCUGAGGGGGCUGGAGCCCAUGUCCUUGUCCCUUCUAGGAUACACACUGUGUGCUGCUGCCUGCAGGAGCAGGCUAGCAAAGGCCUUGGACAGGCUGCAGGACACCCUACAUUUGCAGGCACCUCCACCAUAGUUAUUGGGCAGGUGAUAUGGGAUUGAUCCAUGCUUUGGACUCCAAGGAGCAGGAGACAACCAACACUGAAUGCUGCCAGGCCUGGGAGCAGCCCUGGAGCAGGUUACAGAUGCUCCCUGGACACAAAACACCACUUCCAUCCCUUCACACUCCAUCCAUGCAUCCAUCCAUCCACUCCUGCUCUCUUCCAGCCCCCGGGUCCACAUUCAGGACUGGGACCCCAUUCCUGUGCCCAAGCCAGGUUCUAAAACAGCAGGCAGAGAGCCAAGCAGCAGGCAGGCUGCAGCCAGUGGUGCUGCUGUCCUGGGACAGGGACCCAUGCCCCCGGCUGCCCUGGUCCCUGGGGCUGGGCCAGUUGCAGUCAUGUUGCCUGUUCUCCUGAGCAGCAAGGGGGAAACAAAAACAUCCGGAGCAGUCCCUGUGUCUGUGGAAGGGGAAUGAAAGGGCCUUUGCUGGGCCACAGCCAACCAGUCCGGGUGAGUGCAACCAGUUGCUUUUUAUGUUUCCUUUCUGAGGGAGCAGCAUGCAGGGCAGGGUAGAUGGUGAGAAGGGAAAGCCAUGGGAUAGGGAGCUUGUGCUGACUGCCACAGCUUAUGUAUCCUGCACUUUCCCACCUGCAAACAUCUUAUCUUGGCAGCUUUGAGUCUGCCUGCUAGACACUUGCCUGCAGGGAGGGUCCUGGUACUAGCUGAGGGGUAGGACCGGGGCAGCAGGAGCUUAGCAGCUUAACAGUUUCCUGUAUCUUCUGUCACCAGGCUGUCCCUGGUGCAAGCUCUGCUCCAUCCACAUGGACUCCAUCUCUGGCGCAGGAGUUGCUCUGUUGCGAGCCUGGUCCCUCAGCUCCGUGCUGGCUCUGGGGUUUGUGCUGUUCCCCUGUGCCUACCAGCACGUUCAGGAGGAGUGCCCAUCACCCCAGUGAGGGCAUCUGGCUUGUCUAUCCCCUUUGGGUCUGAGGAGACAUCACAGGGAGAGGCAGGACUGAAACAAUCCCAUCCUGGCUGUGCCCAUGCCUGGUGGACUCUAUAGGGGAGGAGUGGGUGGUGCAAACCAUCACCUGCAUCCCUGGGUCAUUCCUGUCAAUUACUGUGUCUCUGCUUCUCCCUGGGGUACUUAGCUCAGGGGACCCUGUCCCAGGGAUGCUGCAGAGAUGUUUCUCAUGAGUACUUAGUGCUCAUCAGCUGCUAAGCCUCUGUGGAGUGUCCAGCAGCCCUAAAGACCUGCUUCAGAGACAGAUCCUGUUCCAUUCAACCCUCUCCCAAGGCAAAGAGAGGUGGGGAUGCAGAAACAUGGAUGGGGGGUAAAUAAAAGCAGGAGAGUGAAGACUGUAGGAAUUGCCAAUGUCCCCCAAGGAACCGCAGGGACCCUGGCCCUCGGGACUCCAGCAUGGGGCCACUGUUUCCUCUCUGGCCCAGGUUGUCGCCAGCUCCAGGGAAUGUCAUUACAUAUUGUCCCAUCCUGUCCUGCUGGGGUCUCCUUCACUGUCCCCACCCCCUCCUCCCUGGAGCCAGCUGGAUUUGAGCUCCCGACACACAUUAAAGGCCACAAGUUCGGCCUCGGCCUCCAUAAAUUUGAUUCCAUAAAUAUUAGUUUUCGCAGGGUUUAAUGAAGCCGUUAUGCUGGGCACGGCCCAGCACCCCGACCCGUGCCCUUAAUAAGGGCUCUGUGGCCUCGAUUAAAGGGACCUUUCAAUCGCUGUCAAGUAUUUUUAGAAAAGGAAAAGAAAAAAAAAAAAAAAAGAGAGAGAGAGGGAGAGAGAGAGAGAAGAAGACCAAGGCAGCGAAUAGGGAGAGGAAAAUCCCAAACCUGUCCAGUGCAAAAAUAGAGAAAUAGCACCACCUAGACUGCCUGGCUCGGCUCCGCCGCCCGUUCCCGCUGCGCAGCGCCCAGCUCCAGGCAGCCCUGGAAGCCCAGCGAGGGGUGAGGUGCGUGCUGCGCUGCCGCUCGGGGCAGCAACUGGGGCAUGCGGUGGUGGGGAGAGCCGAAGGGCAGCGGGAAGAGGCACUGGUGCCCUAUCGGAAUGCAGGCAGGAGCAGGGCGUCUUGGCGUCCAGAGGUCCCAGCGUUGGCUGAGAGUGACCGAGUGUUGAGGGAAAUGCCAUGUGAUACAGGGACAGGCUUUGCAUCUCUCCCACCUCCACUGUAACAGCAAGGGUCCCUUCCCAACAGUUGCCCAAGCAGGAGUCCCCCUCCCCAGACAAAUUUUCCCCCUCAAACACUGGUCAUCCCAACACUGUCUUAGCCUCCAGCUGCCUCCCCAUACACCCAGCUUGGCUACCCUAUUGUGCCUGGUGUCCCACUCAGCUCUAUGUGCCCACAGGCUUUUCCUGGCAGGAGACUGGCUGGCGUUGGGAAUGCUGCACGGAGAGGUGAUGGACUCUGCACCCAGAAAUAGGGCACUACCACUGCUUGCUGUGGCCAGAACCAGUGCACAGUGCCAUGGCCCCUGCAUGGGCAGGAGUUGCUGUCACCAGCAAACCCAACUCCCUGUCUUCCAACCUGGGUCUCUAUGGGACAUGAAUACUGUUGCCAGCAAGGGCAGGGCAAGGGCCAUGAGCCUGGAGCUGCUGGGAGGAGGACAGCAGCUUGUGACAUGCACACUGCGUGCUGGCAGGCUGCAGAGGUUAUUUGGACGUCUGGAUUUGUGACAUUGUCAUUCUUGGGGAACUUCUCCCUGGGGAAGGGCUGCAGCCUCCAGAUACAGUGCUAUCCCAGAU